ACUCAUUUGCCUAGUGGGUGGUGCCGAGCCCAAGCUGCUGACUGUCCUGUGUUGGCGGAGCAGCGCUCGUCCCUGGGUAGACGUCUGGCAGGCCGGCUACGGUGGGAAGGGCCGCGUGGGCUUAGCAGUAGGGUGACGCUCCCACUCCCACUCCCUGACGUUUUGGGACCAACUCGAAACUGUGCAGAGGGAAGCUCCAGGGCUACAGAGGCGCCCCGAGCUGGGUGUUUUCAGCGCUUCCGGGGAAGGGUACCUUCGGGGCCCGUGUUAGCGCUCCGCAGAGCGGCCCCAGGAGUGCUCGAGUGCUCAGCACCCACUGCCCCGUUCUCUUGAAGAAUUAGCACCGUGCGCUCUGAACUGCGGUUUCUUCCCGGCAUUGGGCAGGCGACAGGGUGUGAGGGUGCUGGGGCGGCUGCAGUGCUGUGGACAGAACCGGGAAGGAGGGAGGGUCUGGUACGAGAGGCGGACACUCAGCCGCUCUCAGCAAUGCCAGCCCGGCCCGGGGAUCCACGGCGCCUCUGCAAGCUCGUGCAGGAAGGUCGGCUGCAGGCCCUGCAGGAGGAGUUGCUGGUGGCCGGAAGCUGCCAGGGGCCGGCCGGGGACACCCUCCUGCACUGUGCGGCCCGCCACGGGCGUCUGCACAUCCUGACCUAUCUGGCCGAGGCCUGGGGCAUGGACAUCGAGGCCGCUAACCAGGACUACAAGCGGCCUCUGCACGAGGCUGCCUCCAUGGGCCACCGGAACUGCGUGCGCUACCUGCUGGGCCGAGGGGCGGCAGUCGACUGUUUGAAGAAGGCCGACUGGACUCCUCUGAUGAUGGCUUGCACCAGGAAGAAUCUUGAGGUGAUCCAGGACCUUGUGGAACAUGGUGCCAAUCCACUGCUGAAGAACAAAGAUGGCUGGAACAGUUUCCACAUUGCCAGCCGAGCAGGUGACCCUGUGAUCCUCCAGUACUUGCUCACUGUUUGCCCAGAUGCUUGGAAGACAGAGAGCAAAAUUAGAAGAACUCCUCUGCAUACCGCAGCAAUGCAUGGCUGUCUUGAAGCAGUAAAAGUGCUUCUUAAGAGAGUUGGAAGAAUGAGCUCUGUAGACUGUGAUAAGGACUUCAGAUGCCAGUAUGAACCAAAUAGCAAAGACAACUGUGGCAUUACUCCGUUUAUGGAUGCAAUUCAGUGUGGUCACAUCGAUAUAGCCAAGCUGCUCCUUGAAAAACAUGAGGCUUGCUUUUCAGCUGAGGAUAGCCUGGGACUCCAGGCUCUGCACAGGGCAGCAAUCACUGGGCAAAAUGAAGCCAUUCGAUUCUUGGUGUCUGAUCUUGGUAUGGAUGUGGAUGCGAGAGCAGCAUCAACCCACCUCACAGCACUUCAUUACGCGGCUAAGGAAGGACAUAUUAGCACAAUUCAGACUCUCUUAUCCUUGGGUGCUGACAUCAACUCUAGAGAUGAAAGAAAUCGAUCAGCCCUGCAUUUGGCCUGUGCAGGUCAGCACUUGGCUUGUGCUGAGUUUCUCCUACAGUCGGGGCUGAAGGAUUCUGCAGACAUUACAGGCACCCUGGCUCAGCAACUCAGUGAGAGAGUGGAUAUGCCUCAGGCCUUUGACCGCAGUGCAACGACAUGAGCAUGUUUCUGAAAGGAGGCCGGAAGUACAUGAGUCCAUUGUGAAACAUAUAACUUGAUAUACGUACACGGAUUGAGGUGCAGUGAAAUUGAUUAUCUCGUGAAGGUAACAACCUGCCAGAAUAGCCACUGCUACAAAAGCUGAUGCAGCUGCCACAGAGAUUGUCUUGCUGUCAAGGAAAAUACUCCCUGUGCAUUGCCUACUGUCAGACUGCUCUGCAAGGGAAAACGAAGACCAUCUGGCUGCUACCUUCCUGUGUCAUUGGCACAGAGAUGUUGCACUUUGUAAGCAAAAGGGCAAUACUCAGUAAGCCAAGUUAUAAAAAAUGCCACUGGGAUGGGAGUUGUGGUGCAGCAGGUUAAGCUGCUGCUUCAGAUGCCAGUAUUCCAUAUCAGAGUGCUGGUUUGGAUGGAGUCCUGGUUGCUCCACUUCUGACCCAGUUUCCUGCUAAUGCACCUGAGAAGCAGUGGAUGAUGGUCCUAGUACUUGGAUCCCUACCACCCACAUGGGAAGUCCAGAUCUAGUUCCAGGCUUCUGGCUUCUACUUGGACCAACCUUGGCUAUUGUGGGAAUUUGGGGAAUGAACCAGUGCAUAGAAGAUCUCUGUUUCUCCCUAUUUCUAUGCCACUUUGUCUUUCAAAUAAAUAAACCUGUUAUAAAAUAAAUAAAACUAAAA